AUGGCGGACAGAUCUGAAGAUAAUCCCGAAGGCUUUAAAGUGGGCAACAAAUUCAUUGUCACCACUUAUAUAGCCAAAGGAUCGUUUGGGAAGAUAUACAGAGGAAAGAACAUCAAGACUAACGAAGAGGUGGCCAUCAAACUGGAGCCCCAGGAUGUAGACCAACCGCAACUGGUAUUAGAAUUUGCGUUCUAUAGGAAACUGAAGGCCGAGGGAACGGCACCUCAAAGAGGAAUUCCAACUAUCUUUACGUUCGGACCGUGCGGUACAUAUCACGCACUGGUUAUGGAUCUGUUUGGGCCCUCCAUUGAGAACGUACACAAGGAAUGCGGCCUUAAAUUCAGUCUCAAGACAACCAUUUAUCUCGUGAACCAAAUGCUGGAACUCUUUGAGUAUUUUCACGGAAAAGGACUCUUAUAUAGGGAUACAAAACCAGACAAUUUCCUGUUCGGACGGUCGGGUACUAAGAACUAUAUGGUGGUCCACAUCACAGAUUUAGGUCUCUGUAAGGAGUAUUUGGACGACGAGGGAAAACACAUCCCAAUUGUGAGGGGAAAAGGUGUGAUCGGAACCGUGCGCUAUAUGUCACUCAAUAACCACAGGGGUAUCGAACAGUCCCGUCGCGAUGAUAUGGAGGCAUUGGGCUAUAUGUGGGUAUUCCUCCUGAAAGGCGAGUUGCCAUGGAUGGGCAUACAGGAGAAAAAUCGUGUAGAGAAGUAUAGAAUGAUUGGCGAGAAGAAGAAGAAGACCAGUCCUGAGGUCUUGUGCGCUGAUUUGCCACAAGAGUUCUGUAAAUAUCUGAAGGAAGUGCGAGAACUGGACUUCGACGCCGAACCCAAAUACAAAGAAUACCUCAAAAUGUUUAGUCGUUUGUUUAAGAAAAGUGGUCUCACCAACGAUAAGGUCUACGAUUUUGACCAAAAUCAUAAGCAACUGACUAAAUGA